AUGAGUGCGAGUGCAGCGGUCAUUGGACCCGAUAGAGGCCCACUAGUUUCCAAUGGCGGUGACAAUGUGAGGGAUUACAAUCAUGCCACUGACCAGGAAUACCAAAGGCUGAGAUCUCUAGCUGAUGAGGCGCACAAAAGGAGGCAGCAGUUGUCUAAUGAGUCGCAAGCGGCUUAUAAGCAGGGAGAUGGCGGCAGAGCGCAUCAAUUGAGCGAAAAAGCUAAGAUCCAACAGCGUCUUGCAGAACAAUACAACAUGGACGCGGCAGAGUACGUUUUUGUACAGAAUAAUGCAGAUUCAGAUAGCGAUGAAAUCGAUCUACAUGGACUGUUCGUUAAGGAAGCCGUGUGGAUUCUGAAGAGGCGAAUUGCAUCGGGCAUCAAAGCCCACGAGUCGCACGUCAGAGUUAUCGUGGGGAAGGGAGUGCACUCCCAGAACGGUUUAGCUAAAAUUAAACCUGCAGUCGAAGAGCUUUGCCGCGAUGCAAACUUGAGAAACUAUUUGGAUAAAAAGAACCAGGGUGUGCUAAUAAUCGAGCUAGAGAGUGCGCGGGUCCCUGAUUCCUGGGCAGAUUCUGCAUUUUCAACCGAAAAACCGGCACAAACUCACCAAGCGAAUGCCUACCACCCUGCACAGCAACCACAAUACCAGCAACCACAGCACCAGCAACCACAGCACCAGCAGCAGAACUCCAGCGGGAGUGGGGAUUUGCUGGCCAAGGUAUUCAAAUUUUUGUUCGUUUGUAUUCAGAAAAACUUGUAA